AAAAACAUUCACUCGACUCACUUACAAGUCUUGAUCAAAAAGGAAGAACUUCAGCACUCCAAUACUUGCACGGAGGGAUGAUAACUAAGUAUGACAUAGUUAAAGAACAAAAGUUGUUGCGAAUGCUGUCAUUCCUGACCACAAUGCUGGGGUCUUCAAUCCACCAGCAGAACAAGACAAAACCAUUUUGGAUGAUAUCAUAACAUUCCUAUUUGCUGGCUAUAGAAGGUGGGACUCUGAGUACUUUCUACACAUAGCAGAACAUGGAUACACCUACGAGAACUGUCUGGCUUUCUUUCCUCUCUUUCCAUUAACAGUGAGAGUAGUAGCUAACAGUUUACUAUACCCGCUCCAGUGGUUUGCCACCUAUAGCAAUGUACUAUUGGUGUCAGCUGUAUUUAUAAACCUCUACUGUUUUGUGAAAUCAGCAGAGAUGUUGUAUCAUUUAGGGAAGGCCAUAUUGAAUCAUGAAUCCCUGGCAUACAAAGCAUGCCUUAUGUACUGUAUCAACCCUGCAAGCGUAUUCUUCUCAGUUGCAUACUCAGAAUCAAUGUUUGCAUGGAUAACAUUCACAGGAAUGCAGAGGUUUGAUGGAAACACCAGGAAUGGAUCAUUCUGGUUUGCAGUAACAACUUCCAUAAGAGCAAAUGGUUUAAUAAACAUGGGAUAUUUGUGGCAUAGAAAGCUGGGAGAAUAUAUCCGUUUAGUUCCUGGCCUUAGAGGACUCAGCCUUAAAGACAAAAUUAUGGUGGGAAAUGUCGUGUUCUGGAUGAUAUGUACCAUUCCAUUGGUUUUAUACUCCAUACUCUGCAUAGCACCAUUUUUACUGGUACAAUACUUUGCAUAUACUCAGUUCUGCACUGGAAACAAAGCAGAUGGCAUUCCUCAGAAUAUUCUUGAAUAUGGAACAGCUAGAGGUUAUACCAUAAUGGGUGUUGGUCCACCACCCCUCUGGUGUAAAUGGACUAUCCCACUAUCCUACUCCCAUGUGCAGAACUCACAUUGGGAUGUUGGAUUCCUUAGAUAUUUUGAGGUGAAACAGGUUCCUAACUUCCUCCUUGCAUCACCUAUGAUUGUUAUAUGUAUGUUGACUGCACUGCGUUACAUCAGCAAGAAUCUCAAGUAUAGCAUUACACUGGGCCUAGGAAGAAAAAGUUACAUACACAAGAAGAGUGAUGCAUCUGUGCCAGAUUUGAAGGAUACAGGCUUUGAUAGUGAGAAGUGUCUGCCUUAUGUUCUCCAUAUGCUUGCUAUGGUCAUUUUUGGAUUCUUCUUCAUGCAUAUACAGGUUGUAACAAGAUUCAUAGCAUCCUCAUGUCCUGUCAUAUAUUGGUAUGUUGCCAUGGUAACCUCAUCCCAGGAAGAGUUGGAAGAGAAGCAGACAAACAGAUACAACAUAUUUGCUCAAGUGAAGGACAAACAACAAAGUGAUUUACAGGAACCUGAGGAAUCAGCGUUUGAUAACUUGCUAACUAGACAACUGAGAAAUAUCCAUAAUAAUUCCUUUUCUAUAAAUUUAAUUUUGCUUUAUUUCUCUAUAUAUUUUAUCAUUGGAACAGUGCUGCAUUGUAACUUUUUACCCUGGACAUAAAAUAUACACUGUAAGGGUAUUUCUGGAUCUGUUUUGAGAUAAAAUUACAUCAAUAGGGAUGUUAAGAUAUUAUGUAGUAUGUGAUUGUGUAAUAACAUGACCCCCAGGGAUUUCUUUCCCUUCAAUUGGUUCUUCCAUGGACCUAAUUACAAUUAUUUUUGUUAUAACUUUAAAGUUGAGUAAGUAAAUAUGAUAAAGUGGAGAACUACAUGUAUUACCCAGAGAAACCAUCAUUUUACUUGUUUUUUAUAAGUUCUAGAAACAUGUAAUUUAGCCUUCCUAUAAGUCAGUGAUAAAAGUUAUGCUACUUUUUCAACUAAAUCUGGACACCUGGUCAAUUUCCAUUUUAGUAUGUCAAUGAAAUAUCAGUCUUCUCAAUAGAAAUGGGGAGCAUGGCCAAAUUUUCCUCCUUUUUUGUAAUAUUUAUUUUAUUUCAGUUUCACUUUUUACAUUUUAAAGCAACCUUCAAACGUUUUUCCUUUCACACCAUACAUUCCUACCUUCCAAUCCAUACCCUCUCAUCUUUCAUACAUCCCAGUCUUUGAAAAAUAAGUUCCCAAAAUAUCCUCCUUUUUGGCAUUGGACUGUGGUGAAAAGUUAAGUGAGUGACAGGCCAGUGACUGUGGCUUUGACAUUAUUCAUUUCUGCAUAUAAUAACAUAUAUAAUGUAUAGUAAAACCUGUUUAUCUCAAUGCUUAUCUUAUCCAAACACCUCUCAAUUACUCAGAUGCGAGUAGGUAGUUACCAGUUUCGCCACCAGGUGGCUGAUUCGGGGGAAAUAACAUGGCAGGG